AUGGCGGAGACGCCGACAGCUGUCUGCCGAAACAAAGAUGGCGGCAGCGGAGGCUGCGGAAUGACCGGUCCUCGCUUGACGGCCAGGAAGCCGGAAGCCGCAACCGCAGCCGCAGCCGCGGUCUCCUGCCAGUCCCCGCCCGCCGGCUGCUGUCGGAGGUUGACAGGUCGAGGCGGGGAGGCGGCAGCGGCUGCAGAGCCGGGCGCCCAAGACGGAGACCCCAUGGGGAACGCUCCGAGUCACAGCAGUGAAGACGAAGCGGCAGCCGCCGGGGGCGAGGGCUGGGGCCCCCACCAGGACUGGGCCACGGUCUCGGGCACGACCCCCGGCCCGGGCCUCGCGGCUCCGGCGCUACCACCCGCCGCGGCGCUGCUGGAGCCGGCCCGGCUGCGGGAGGCGGCCGCUGCGUUGCUGCCCACACCCCCCUGCGAGUCGCUGGUGUCGAGGCACCGCGGCGCGUUGUUUCGCUGGCUGGAAGAGCGGCUGGGGCGCGGCGAAGAGUCUGUCACUCUGGAGCAGUUCCGGGAGCUGCUGGAGGCUCGCGGAGCCGGCGGCUCUGGCGAGCAGUUCGAGGAGGCCUUUGCCCAGUUUGAUGCCGAGGGUGAUGGGACAGUUGAUGCUGAGAACAUGUUGGAGGCCCUCAAGAAUUCCAGUGGAGCUAAUCUUCAGGGGGAACUGAGCCACAUCAUCAGACAACUACAGGCCUGUUCUCUUGUUCCAGGUUUCAUAGACAUAUUUUCAGAGUCAAAGGAGGCACUUGGUGUUCACUCGUCAAUGAUACUGCGCUUCCUGCACCGAAAUCGGCUCUCCAGUGCAGUGAUGCCCUACCCGAUGUUGGAGCACUGCAAUAACAUGUGCACCAUGAGGUCUUCCGUUCUCAAGGAGUCUCUGGAUCAGCUGGUACAAAAAGAAAAGGGUAUGUGUAUGGGGGAUUCUCCUGAAAAUUCUCUUAUCAUUUCUUCUAAAUGUGGUAUUGAUAAAAUGAGCCAAUCCUUUUCCCUACCUUUAUUUCUGAAAAUACAGAGUAAUAAGUUUGUAGCAUAAGACUGUGAUCCUCAUUCCCUUUCUUCCUUCCUAACACAGCUGGUUUCUCAUCAUUCACUUCUCUGCUCAGAUAUGCCUUCAGGGAUGCCUUUUCUGUUGAUCUGAUUAACACCACUCCCACUCCCCAGCUUCUGGUCAGGAUCACCUCUGCAGGUUUAAUGGUUGAAGUAGUUCUUACUGUUAUCUGAAGUUGUAGCGUUAUUGAUUCACUUGUAUGUUGUCUAUGUUGUGUGUUUCCGUAUUCCUGCACUGGGCCUGUUGCAUCGUAGGUACUCAAUGAGUAUUUGGUGGAUAAAUGAGGGAACCCAGCACAGACUCACUCAGAGCUGGCAACAGAAGUUCAUGACGUGUAUAGAUAGGUCUGUGGAACAUAACAGAGUCCAGAUAUAAACCCAAUACACAUGUGAGAAUAUAGUACCAGAUAAAGUCAGCGUUAUAAAUCAGAAUGGAAAGGCGAACUGUCAACAGAUGGAGUUAGGGCACCUCAUUAGCCAUUUGAAGAAAAAAUAAAACUAGAUUUUUUUUUUUUUUUUUUUGGAGAGUGAGUUUCACUCU